UAAUCUACAAUCUAUAGCUAUCAAUAUUUAUGGAAGCUUGAUCAUCAUAUAUUUUUUCAAAACAAACCAAUGAUUUUUUUUUUUUUUUUUCAAGAUAGGAAACAUGCACAGCAUUGUUGUUGAGGGGAUGCUGCCUAUUUAAGGUAGUGGAGCUUUUUACUUGUGAGAUAGUGCCUUGUGUGUGGUGAGUUGAGCCUGGGGGCCUAGAGUUACAUACAGAAAGUUGCAUACUAUCUCUUAGGUUGUCUCUAGUUAACUCUUCUUCUUCUUUGAGAAAGAUAAGGAUGAGUUAUUUAGGUGUUGGUGUUAGUCCUGGGAAUGUACCGGUGUAUCAUGGCACUAACUCGAAGGUUAUUGAUAGGAGAGUGAGGCUAGCAGAGUUGGUUUUGAGGUGUGUGAUCUGUUGUUUAGGAGUUCUUGCUGCUGUUCUUGUUGGUACAGAUACUCAAGUUAAAGAAAUCUUUUCAAUUCAAAAGAAAGCAAGAUUCACUGACAUGAAAGCUCUUGUCUUUUUGGUGGCAGCUAAUGGGAUAGCAGCAGCCUACUCAUUGGUUCAAGGGGUGCGCUGUGUUGUGGGCAUGGUUAAAGGAAGUGUUCUGUUUAGCAAACCCUUGGCUUGGGUUAUUUUCUCUGGUGAUCAGAUGAUGGCGUACCUGACUAUGUCUGCAGUGGCAGCUGCUGCACAAUCGUCAGUGUUUGCAAAGUUGGGACAGCCCGAUCUCCAAUGGAUGAAGAUAUGCACCAUGUACGGAAAAUUCUGUAACCAGGUUGGUGAAGGAAUAGCAAGCGCGCUGUUGGUCAGUGUUAGCAUGGUUGUCUUGUCUUGUAUCUCCGCCUUCAGCCUCUUCCGCUUGUACGGUGGCAACAAGGGCAAGGAUGGGGCAAGGUGGUAGCUUCUCAGAGAUACCGUUUAUAGUCAUUGCACCACCAGAAAGUUCUAUAAUAUGGUGGCCUUUUGUUAGAUAUGAGAUGAUGGUGAAAAAAAGAGUGCAUGCUUUAAUUUGUGACUUCAAUGCUGACAAUAAAUGAAUGCUGUGUGUUCUGUGGAUA